AUGGCCGCUAAAUCCGCCGCCCUCAAGCUCGACUGGGCCAAGGUGACGACGUCGCUCGGCCUGCGCGGCCAGACGGUGUCCUCGCUGCAGGCAUUCAAGAAGCGCAGUGACGAUGUGCGGCGCAAGGUGCAGACGCUGUCAGAGCAGCCGACGACGGUCGACUUUGCGCACUACCGCAGCGUGCUGAAGAACACGGCCGUCGUGGACGAGAUCGAGAAGCGGUUCGCCGCCUUCAAGCCGGUCACCUACGACGUCAACCGGCAGCUCAAGGCCAUUGCCGCCUUUGAGGUCGAGGCCAUCCGCAACGCCGAGGCCACCAAGGAAAAGGUCGACCUCGAGCUCAAGGACCUCGCCAAGACGCUCCAGAACAUCGACGAGGCCCGGCCGUUUGCCGACCUCACCGUCGACGACGUCGCCGCCGCGGAGCCGUCCAUCGACGAGAAGACCGCCAAGCUCGUCUCCAAGGGCCGCUGGGCCGUCCCCGGCUACAAGGAGAGAUUCGGUGACCUGUCCAUGCUAUAG